AAACCCACAAGAACGACACGAACGGAGGAGCGACGACCGGAAAAGAGAUUCGAAGGAGACAACGAUUUUAGUAAAACAGCAGAAGAUCAUCGAACCACUUCCAACUCUCAGAAGAAUCCGAAUCCCCAAAUCAAAACCCCAAAUCCGAUUCAACAUUUGGUGUAUGUAAGUUCUAAAUUGUCCCCAUUUUCAGUCAAUUUUACUAAAUCUAGGGUUUCAAUUUCAUAUGAACCCUUUUUCUUCAACUCAUAGAACCUGAAAUUCUACUGAUCCGUCUGUUCUUCUUGUUCUUUUUUUCAAUCUUUCUAUACCCAUUUACGUAAUUGACGAUUUGAAUGCAAAAAGGUUGAGAAUCUUGACUUAGUUUAGUGUUUCCAGGAAGGUUUCUGUUUGUAGAUUGAGAUAAUAAUGGCGGGGGGUAGUAAUAAUAUGAACAGUUCGAUGAAAAACGUUGGGGGCGUUGGUGUUCCAACUGGGUUUGGUAAUUCAGGGGCAACAGCUCCUCAAUCCAUGCCGCCCCCCAUGAACCAUUCGCACCACCAACAACCACCAAUUCAUGAUGGUGGUGAGUCCCAUUUUGGGGGACAUUUUCAGUUGUCUGAGCCACAGGCUCAAGCCCUAGCUCAAGCUCAGUAUGUUCAGGCUCAGGCUCAGGCUCAAGCUCGGGCCGCCCAUGCUCGAUUUCAAGCUCAGUUACAAGCUCAAGCUCAGCUUUCCCACAAGCCAAAUCCGGUGGGAGGGAUUAAUAGUAAUAGUAAUAUCGGUGUCUCAUCGGCUUCACUUGCUACGCCGAUGAAUGUGAAAAGAUCGGGUCAGAAACCGUCGUCUCGGCCUCCGAGUUCUUCUGGUGCGGCUGCUGGUUCGCCUUUGAAAACCAUGGAACUCACGCCUGCUGCUCGUAGAAGAAAAAGAGGUCCGCCCGAGAAGCAAAUUCCCGAUAAAGUAGCUGCCCUUUUGCCCGAAUCUGCUCUUUAUACCCAAUUAUUGGAAUUCGAGGGCCGUGUGGAUGCUGCCCUUGCGAGAAAGAAGGUUGACAUUCAAGAAUCGAUCAAGAACCCUCCUCGUGUCCAGAAGAUGCUUAGGAUUCAUGUUUUCAACACUUUUGCAAACCAAUCCCAAUCGGGGACUCAAAAGGAACAAGCCGAGCAGCCAUCAUGGUCUCUCAAGAUUCUCGGGAGGCUAUUAGAAAACGGAACGGAUUCUGACAGACCAAGUUUGACGAAUCCAAAGUUUUCGUCUUUUUUCAAGAAAGUCACUAUUUACUUGGACCAAAGUCUCUACCCGGAUAACCAUGUAAUCUUGUGGGAAAGUUCUCGAUCUUUAGCACUUAACGAGGGUUUCGAGGUUAAGCGAAACGGGGAUAAGGAAUUCACCGCCAUUAUUAGAUUAGAAAUGAACUACAUGCCUGAGAAAUUCAAGCUUUCACCCGCUUUAAGCGAGGUUCUCGGGAUUGAGGUGGAGACCCGACCUAGGAUUAUCGCUGCAAUUUGGCAAUACGUGAAAACUAAAAAACUACAAAUCCCGACUGAUACUUCCUUCUUCACAUGUGAUCCUCCCCUUCGGAAACUAUUUGGAGAAGAUAAAGUGAAAUUUGCGUUGGUUUCCCAGAAGAUUUCCCAGCAUUUGAGUCCACCGCAGCCUAUACAUUUGGAGCAUAGAAUCAAGCUUUCCGGGGACAAUCCGGUGGGAAAUACGUGUUAUGAUGUUCUUGUGGAUGUUCCUUUUUCGUUGGAUAAAGAUAUGUCUAAUUUCUUGGAAAGUUUGGAGAAGCAUCGGGAGAUCGAUGCUUGUGAUGAAGCUAUUUGCUCUGCAAUCAAGAAGAUCCAUGAACAUAGGCGUAGACGGGCUUUCUUUUUGGGUUUCAGUCAGUCACCAAGCGAAUUUAUCAACGCUUUUAUUUCGUCACAAAGCAAGGAUUUGAAGACUGCUGCUGGUGAUGCCUCUCGUAUUGCUGAGAAAGAGCACCGAUCCGAUUUCUAUAAUCAACCAUGGGUCGAAGAUGCUGUUAUCCGUUAUCUGAACAGAAAGCCAACGGCAGGAAGUGAUGCACCUGGAAGCACAUAGUUGAAUUGUUUCAAUGGGUAUGCAUAUCUUUACUCCCUUCACCCGAACCUUAUUCGAUCUUGUACUGAAAUAGUUUCAAAUAGUUUUAAGAAAUAGUUUUGGAUUGUGGUCAUGGGAGUCAUCAUCAUCAUCAUCAUCAAUGGCUUGGCUUCUCUCUAGCCAUCUCAUCUAACUAAUGUUAUUCAACUUAUUGCAGAUUAUUAGAUUGGAACC